GGGUCCAGCUGCAACCGUGGCACGGUCGAAACUAUCUGAUGUGUGGUUUGGGCCAGCGUAACAAAGCUGCCUGUACGUCAUGGGCCUGUUUUCGAUAAUAAUUGUCAUGGAUCCCCCCUGAUAGUAAUGUUUUUGUUUCUCUGCCUAUGCUAUCCUCUACAAAUUCAAUCCCUAUUUUCCUUGCUUAUAUUGCUCCAUAUAUCCAGUAUCCUUAUUUUUAUGCUUAUUCCUGUUCGUAUCACUUAACCGUAAAGAAACAUGUCAGGUUGGCUCACAGGAUUGGUGGGCAAGAAGAUUUUGGCAGAGACUGGCAAUAAUAGAUUUGGGCAAGAGGAUCCCUAUUUCGAGGAAGUCCCCGCUUCGCGUCUGUAUCGCGCAUUCGGUAAAAAGACCAAAAAACAACAGAAAGCCGUCCCGCCUGGGUUGUCGGACAAUGAUGCCAAAGUCCUCACCAAGGUCAAACGGAGGGCAUACAGGCUGGACUACAGCCUUUUCAAUUUGUGCGGAAUAAGAUUCGGCUGGGGUAGUGUGAUUGCCUUGAUACCUUUUAUCGGGGAUGGUGCUGAUACAUUGCUUGCAUUGCUCGUUCUUGGAACUUGUGAGGAGAUUGAUGGUGGCCUCCCACCCUCGCUCCGAUUUAGGAUGGCUCUGAAUAUCGCCAUUGACUUCCUCAUCGGCCUUGUCCCAUUUGUAGGAGACCUUGCAGAUGCUAUAUACAAAUGCAACACGAGAAAUGCUAUCCUUCUUGAGGAGCAUCUGCGACAGAAGGGAGCUAAGGCACUUGCGGGCCGAGGUACCGAGCAAGGACAGAUAAUUGAUAUGAGCCUCGGAGAGGAAUUCGACAGGAACGACAGGCAUGACAGGCAAGAACUCGGAAUUAUAGAUAAUUCACCUGUAGGCCACAGGAAACAGGCAUCACCUGGAAACAGAAGGUCUUAGACGGUAGAAGUGAUGUUUGAGAUCCAUCGAGACCGGAAGCCGCAGUGCGUCCACAGAAAAAGCCGCGAGGGGCUGGUUUGGAUCUGGAUAUUGAGUGGAAGAUGCAAGACAUGGACGCCGGUAGAGUGCCAUAAAUAUCAACUUCCCAUAUAUAUCUC